AUGGCCGUUUUGCGAGUGGAUAAGGACUUCGCCUUCAACCGAUACGUUCAGCCUGCGACGCUUGUAAGAACACGUGAUGAAGAAAGGCGCUUGCGAAAAAUUGGCGACUGUGCCAUGGUUGGCUUUGGUUGUACGAACUAUGAAGAAAAGACGUUUCCGAAAAGACUUCAGAAGAUCGAGGGACUUACCCUUCCAAACUACCAAACAUGCAACGUCUUAGCAGCAAGAGUUGGAGGCAUGUCGACGAGUCAGAUGUGCUCCUACAAUCCUCCGAAGAGCAUGUGCCUGUUAGACGAGGGUGGAGGAUUGGUGUGCCGGAAUCCAAACACGGGCGGUCAAGUAGUUAUUGGUGUGGCCUCAUAUUUUAGGACUCCAACUCAGAAAUUGGGGUUGACGUAUUAUUCACGCGUGUAUCGGUUCCGGAAGUGGAUUAGUAGGGUGGUAGACAGGCUAGAAGAAGAGCAGUAG